AUGGCGCCGGUACGGCCAUGCUCUCGCCGCGGCUUUGAGGUUGCCAUCAUCUGUGCCCUGACGAAGGAGGCAGACCCUGUCGAGGCUCUCUUUGACAAUUACUGGGACGAGGUCGAAAGGCCACCCUACGACAAGGCUCGCGGCGACUCGAACGCCUAUACAACCGGCUCCAUCGGCCGCCACAACGUUGUGCUGGCGUACAUGCCCGGGAUGGGCAAGACAAGUGCUGCCGCUGUUGCCGCCAACUGUCGCAUUAGCUAUCCCAACAUCAAGCUCGCCCUUGUCGUUGGCAUAUGCGGUGUGGUUCCCUUUGAUCCCGUCAGCAAUGCGGAAAUUGUCUUGGGCGAUGUCAUCAUCAGUCACGGCGUCUCUCAAUAUGAUGUCGGACGGCGGCAUGUCAGUGGAGAGGCCGUGCGGAAAGAAACCCUUACGGAUCCGCUCGGCGGGCCCAACUCGGACAUUCGCACGCUCCUGGCGAGGCUGGAAGGCCCCCGCGGUCAGAAGAUCCUGCAAGCCGGCAUUCAAAAUCAUCUCAGAGUUCUUCAAAGGGACCCUGAUCUGUCGGCGGAGUAUCCAGGCGCCGGCCGAGACCAGUUAUACGAAUCGGCAUACGAGCAUAUCCGGGCACGGGAAUCCUGCAGGGACUGUGGAUGUACGGGCAACGUCAUCCCUCGCCGUCGUCUCGGUCAAGGAGCACACCCACCCGCUGUGCACUAUGGCUUAUUGGCCUCUGGUGAUACCGUGAUGAGAUCUGGAAAACAUCGGGAUCAAUUUGCACUGGAAAGGGGGAUUGUUGGGUUCGAGAUGGAGGGUGCCGGCGUGUGGAAUGUGCUUCCCUGUGUGGUGAUCAAGGGCGCCUGCGACUAUGCGGACAGCCAUAAGACGAAAGAGUGGCAGACUUAUGCCGCAGCUACGGCAGCAGCGUGCAUGAAGGAGUUUUUGUGUCACUGGGACCCUCCUUCGUCUUCGCAGUCUGUUGCAUAG